AAUACGAAUAAAUCUACAAUGCAAGUCCUUCUCUUAGGCGGCCACGGCAAAAUUGCCCUCCAUUUAACCCCACUUCUUCUCAACCGUGGCUGGAAUGUCACCAGCGUGAUCCGCAAUCCAGAGCAUGAGAAUGAAAUUCUCGCGCGCGGCAAAGGCACCAAGGGCAAAUUGAACGUCCUCCUGUCUAGUCUGGACGACAUCAAGAGUGACGCAGACGCAAAGAAGAUCAUCGAUACUGUGUCUCCGGAUUAUGUAGUAUGGUCAGCCGGCGCCGGCGGUAAAGGUGGCCCCGAGCGGACGUUUGCCAUCGAUGAACGCGCCGCCAAACACUUCAUCUCGGCGUCGUUUGCUUCCCCCCGUGUGACCAAGUUCCUCCUGGUCUCCUGGCUUGGUAGUCGGCGGGUCCAGCCUAGCUGGAUGUCUGAUGAGGGCUGGAAGGCUAUCCAGAACGUAUUCUACAAUGUCCUCCCCGCGUAUGCAAAGGCUAAGCUGGAGGCGGACGAGUACCUCACUGCGUUUGCGGCUCGGCGUAAGCAGAGCCAGUCCUCGCCCUUCCAGGCCAUUUGUCUGCGCCCAGGCACUCUGGUUGAUGAGCCGGCCACCGGGAAGGUGCAGUUUGGUAAGACAGAAGGGCGAGGUAAUGUGACCAGGGAGGAUGUGGCAAUUGUGGCGGAUCGGUUACUUGCUCGUGCUGAUACAAACGGUUGGUAUGAUUUGAUCAAUGGUAACGAGCUAAUUGAUGACGCGGUGGAACGGGUAGUUAGGGAGAAGGUGGAUGUCGUUGAAGGGGAGGACGUGGAUGCGAUGGUGAAGCGGUUUUUCCCGUGA